AUGAAGGAUGCAGAGUUUACACACUUGGAAGUUGAAAGACAACUAAUAAAUGAAUCGGGGAGAAUCCAAUUAAAGAAAAAGGAUUUGAACAUUACGGAGAACGCAUACAAUGUCGGAUCAUCUCCUGGGCAAGAAAUGAGCAAGAAAUCUCUUGAACGAAGUGGAAACGUGUUGGACCCUACAAGAAGUCCUGGUCAAUACAAGAAAAACCGUAACCCUAAAGGUGUGGGGCCGUGGUGUAAGUAUUGUUCCCGGAAAGGACAUACUGAAUCUAAGUGUUACAAGAAAUCACAAAAAGAAAAGAAAGCUUUCAAUGCAGAAAGUGCAUUUUAUGUAUAUAAUCCAUCAGCUGAAGUUUUUGCAGUAUCGAAGGAUUUGGAGCAGUUUCUGGUAGAUUCAGCUUCUACUUCUCAUUUUUGUCGUGAGCGAGAUUGGUUCAAGAACUUCAGAGAACUUUCACCCACCAAAGCCUUACUGGCUGAUAAAAGACACACAUGUGAAGUAAAAGGGGUAGGUGAUAUUGAUUUUUGUAUUAAAGAUGUUAAAGGUGAUGUGCAUAUAACUUUAAAAGAUGUUUUGUAUGCUCCCAACAUAAGGAGAAAUUUAAUUAGUGGAGCAAAAAUGGAUCUUGCUGGUUUAAAAAUUAAUUGGUGUAAUGAUGUUAUGCGGGUAUAUCAUUCUAAUAAUGAAUAUUUCUUUUCUGUAUUUCGGCAAGAAAUGUUGUAUAUAGUAUAUGGUUAUCCUUUAAUAGAAAAUGUAAUGCAUACUAGUGUAGAUUAA